AAUAGGCAUUGACUGAAGGAGGGGGAAGAUCCUGUGAGUGUUAGAAUGAUGUUAGGUUGUCAUGUCGUAACCAACAGAAGGUUAUGAGUAAAAAAAAAAGGAUUAUUUGAUCAUCUGACUUAUUUUGCGUAAAGGGAAGAGAUAUGGAAUGAGUCGGAUAGCACAUACGGGAGUCUUGUGUUGUUUUUAUAGACAUUAUUUUGACAUUUUUAAUAUUUGUGGUGAUCGGCGAAACACCUCGAUUCACGAAUAGGUCGUUCAACUCGCGAUGCUGGACAGAUCGCUGCAUCAUCAUGUUGCUUCCGAGUUAGCGAAACAAAUCACAAGUUAAACCAGGGGAAUAGUGAGUCGUCGUCAUUUAGCUACAAAGACUACCCGACAAUUGCAAUUGUAAACAGAAAAGGAUAGAUACAUCUGUUGAUUUGGCUUGUUGGCACUUCGGUGAUACAUUGUCGCGCCCAGUGAUGUGAAAUAAGAAGAUAAAUAGCUGGUUACAUUGUAUCACUUGUUUAUGCGAUAUUUCUCAUUUGUUAUUGGGUGGGCGCGAUUAUAAUUUGCCAACAUCUUCAUUAUGGGCAUUUGGGAUAAUGAAGAAUCAAAAUGCAUUUUCUUUCAAACCAACUUUGCCACUGAAAUAUAGUCUAUCCAGACCUACAUUAUAAAAAUCUGGAAUAUAGUAUUUACUUUUUUUUUGGCAACGUCAUCAUCAAAUAAUCUAUUGGAAUUGUCAAGGAAGUGCACGCUUAGUCUCUGUUGGAUUACCCCGGUUUGUGUAGGAUAUCUACUUUGACUCUGGAUGAGACUGCUCUGUUCGGGUUAUGAUCAUGACCCAGGAAUGUAUGGAUGAUCGCCAAAGAGAUGCUGACUUCAUGGAAAUAUGCUGGUGACAUUUCUCCUAUUCAAACAAAUCAGCUACAUAGUUCUUGUGCUGCAGACUGUUAUUGGAUACUUUUUGAUUAUAGUGGCUAAGCGUGCCACAAUGUCUCAGUGAAUGGUUUUAACCACGAUGGAAUGCAACAUAAAUAGCAUCUCCAAAUAGGUUGCCAAUAUGUUAAUUUGAAAGUUUCAUAGGUCUAUUUCAUCCUAUGUUUUCCUGGCCCGUCUUUAAUAUUUUGUCACUGGCCACUACUGUCACCGCAUCCACGUGGAGUUGACAACACCUGACACUUGACAACUUUUGGGUCGAGGAAACGUGCAACCGUAACGCACAGACGGCUCCCUCUGCUGUAAUCCCCAGAACGGUGCAAGGGACAUAGCUUUUGUUUUUGCUUUCGGACGGCGGAGAGGAAGAGGGAUAGACUCAAUAAGGAAAAAGUAGCUUACAGCAGAUACAAAAAAGAAGUCCGGCUAAAAUGGCCGGGGACUGCAACUAUAAAACACAAUACGCGAAUGAUGACACAUUUUCUCCAUCCAAAUUACCCGACCGAGUGCGGAUGCUCACGGGGGAGCCCGACGCCGCCCGUGCUCAGACGGGGCGUAAAUCCUUGGGUUGCUCGCCAAACUUCGAAUUGAUUGACGGACUGCUGUACCGUAAGAAGUUGGAGAGAGGCUUCAUCCAUUACCGGGAGGUGCUUGACGAGGACCGACGUUUCGGGGCGAUCGCCACUUUCCACCGGCGACGGCCAGGCACGCGCCACCACUCCCUGGAGGACACGUACAGAUCAGUGGCCGAGAACUACUGGUGGGAGGGGAUGUACUUUCAGAUCCGAGACUUUGUGCUGGAAUGUCCAGAGUGCCUUGAGCAGAGGAACAAGAGACCCACGAAGCGUGUGGGCGAGAGCCGUCUCUCUCAGACAAUGAUGUCACACAGCCGUGACGUGCUGAAUAAGCUGAGGAGCCAGCGGGAGGCUGGACUGUUCUGUGACAUCACUCUGAGGACAGACGGACGCUCUUACUCCGCCCACAAGGCAGUGCUGGUGGCAGUGAGCGAGUACUUUCAGGAAGUAUUCACUGAGAUGGACUCCGCCCCUAGCGCCAGGUCUGACAUUGACCUCACAGGUUUCAGUGAGUCUAGCCUGGUGUCUCUGCUGGACUUCUCCUACUCCUCUACUCUGUGUGUGUCUGAGGAGGACCUGUCAGAGGUCAGCACUAUGGCCCGUCAUCUGGGCAUGUGGCCUGCCGUGGAGGCCUGCACGGCCCUCCAGAGGGAGCAGGCGGACCACAGGGAGAGGUUGGCUGGGGGAAGAGGGGUGAGGGGUUUGGGUGAUGGCUUCAGACUGAUUCUGGAUCAGUCCGAUGAGUCGGGGGAGGAGAGCCCCACCAGACGGUCGCCCCGUCGCCCCCUCAGACCCAGCCCCCACCCUCCAGGGCGGAACGGCCUCCCCCUCAGCCCCAUGCACAGGAUGAAGCUCAUGGACUUCAAAUCCCCCUCCUGUAAAAUAACCUCUUCCCCCCGAAAAAAUGUCCCCUCCACCCCCCGCUCCCGAAACGUCCCCACUUCCUCCUUGCCCCACACAUGUACCCGUCUCCUCCGCUCCACUCCCGGUGCCGCCAAGGAGGUCCAGAGUAUGCUGCCCAGGACAGAGAGCCCUCCUCAGGGCCAAAAGCCACCCCCAGUCCCCCGUCCUGCCUCCACCUCCUCCAGACAGAGGGCUUGCUCUGAGGCCAACAUAGUGAGGGUGGAGGAGGAAGAUGAGAAAGAUAAUUUCAGAGCGCUGGAGAAGUACCGGCUGAUGAGCGUGCUCGGGUUACAGAGGACGUCCCUCCUCCCCAGACCGGAGGAUCUGAUUGGCUGGAGGCAGAAGAAACGGCUCCGGAAGCUGAAAGUCAAUAACUAUUCGCUGACUAAGCGGAGGAAACCCCGACCACAGGGGUUCGGGGGGCUGCCCCUGUCCCUCCCUCUCUGCACCCCUGCCAAUGCCCACUUAUUGAACAGGAUCAUAAAGAAGGAGCCUGUGUACCCAAUCAGCAUGGAGGACAGGAGACUGAAGAGAUCCAGGCAGCCCCGUCGUUUUCCGCCCAGCGACAGGAGCAUGCGCAGUAAAGUGGCAUUACCGGACCUGCUGCAGCCCGUGUCCAGGCCAGCCUACGGCGGCAGGGAUCUCAGGCGUUCUGUCAGGGUUGAAGAGGUCAGCCAUCCCCCUCCGCACCUCCCGCCCCGCUCUGGGAACGUCAGAGUUCCAAAGCCCAAGAGGAACAUCUCUGCUCUCAGGAUCAAACCGGAACAUGCCGACUACGCCAUCUCAGCCCCGCCCCUCCCCUCACAUGGCCAACGCCCAAACACACACAUCCCCCCUCCCAGGGCCCACCCCAGGAACAAGGUUACCAUGGAGACUGUCAGGGUGCUCCGCUACAACAGCGGGCGUCUGUUGGCCAAAGCCAAGCCGGAGCAGAGUGGCAUGAAAGAGGCUGGGAGAGCCCAGCAUAAGCCCAAAGAGAAGAGCAGGAGGACAGGGUGCAACCAGGGAGCAAGGGGGGUCAAGGAGAGAGGGCCUGGAGCUCUGAGCAGAAGGAAAAACAGCAGCAUCCUCAGCCCUGACCCUGUCCCUCCUCCCCUCCAUAGCCAUCCUCUGUACAGGGUCAUUAAGGAGGAACCAGCAGACCCUCUACCUGUGGUGGGACCUUUCCCCGAGCCGCCCUCCCCAGAGCUGGGCAAGAGGCAGAUCAAGCCCCCUGUCAAGCUUCUAGAUCCAGGCUUCCUCUUCAGCUUCUGCCGGCCGUCUGGAGGGCCCAUGGUGGGGGUGAAGAGGGAGGAGGAGAGUGUGGAUAUCUGCCUAACACGAUCUGUCUCGAGGGGGGAGAGGUUAGGUCCCGGGGGAGGCCCGGACAGGGUCCUGAGGGCCAGAGGAGGCCCCCCCACUUUGCCCAUGGUGAAGAAGGAGCGGGAGGAGAGGAGUGUGAACCAAAGUCAAACCAAGAGGCAGGGGCCACCAAGGGCUGUCAACUUUCACCAACACAAGGCCCCCCACCUGGUUAGAGCCACAGGGUCAAAGGGUGCACGCACGGCACGGGACAUACCAAAGAAGCAAGCUAAGCCCCUCCACCUGCCUAGCCGAGGCCCCGCCCUGUUGGACUCGAUCUGCCGGGCGCGGCUCAAGCAACUGCGGAGUCCUCGCAGUCAGGCCCCCAAGGCCAAGUCAUCCCACGUCUGCCUGCAGUGCCGGGCCUCCUACAAGGACUGUAACGGCCUCCUCAUGCACCGCAUCAGGCACAUCGAGGGCAAGCACUGGCCUUGCCCUCUGUGCAGUAAGACGUUCUUCAGGAUGAGGAAUGUGAAGAACCACAUCCGGACCCACGACCAAAGGCUGUAUAAGUGUCGCAGCUGUAUGGCUGCAUCCUGAGAGCUGACUAGGGAGGGAGGGUUGAAGCUGUCAACAUUGAGUGACGUGAUGAAGAGAGUAGAGCACAUUGUUGAAUUGCAAGCUGGUACAUGCUAUGCGUCCAUCACAUCCAAGCACAAGGCUCCCAGGAAAGAUGUAAUUACUAUGACGUUGAUUCUUGUUAUUUAAAUAACCAAACUUAAAUUCUCGUUUGCAUUUUCAGUAGCUACAUGGGUUUCAACUUGAACUUUACACUCAGGGGGUGGGGCAACUGUGACGUCACUGUAUUUAAAUGGUUGACGACGUCACAGUUUAUGUAAAUGAGAAAUGUGUAGAAUUGAAAUGACAGAAAUGUAUUAUGACAAUGAUAAUUAUUACCACUAUUGUUAUUUCUAUCAUUAUUUUACUAUGUAUAGACUGAAUCUUUGAGUGCACUUAUACACGACAUCACCAAAAGUAUGUGGACACCCCUUCAAAUUAGUGGAUUCGGCUAUUUCAGCCACACCCGUUGCUGACAGGUGUAUAAAAUCGAGCACACAGCCAUGCAAUCUCCAUAGACAAAUAUUGGCAGUAGAAUGGCCUUACUGAAGAGCUCAGUGACUUUCAAAUCAAAUUUUAUUGGUCACAUACACAUGGUUAGCAGAUGUUAUUGCAGGUGUAGCAAAAUGCUUGUGCUUCUAGAGCCGACAAUGCAGCAAUAUCAACAAGUAAUCUAA